GUAAAGGAAGAAGCUUUGAUCUUUGAUUUAGAGAGAGAGAGAAAGAGGCACGAUUAAUCGAAAAGCUUUGAUCUUUUAUUAGCCUUGAAAACUGUAUGCGGAAGAACCCUAACUGCUAAAAUCGCCAUGGGAGAUGAUUCCGCUUCUUCUUCUUCAACGCCCGUUUCUGUUCACAAAUCUCUCGGUGGUGGUUCAGUUGCCGAUUUGCUGUUAUGGAGAAACAUGAGUGGUGCAGUCAUUGUCUUAAUCUCUUCUACUGUGUUUUGGUUUCUGUUCGAGAGAGCUGGUUACAAUCUCUUGUCUUUUGUCUCCAAUGUUCUCCUUCUUCUUGUUGCCAUCCUCUUCUUGUGGGCCAAGUCUGCUUCUCUACUCAACCGACCUCUACCGCCAGUUCCGAAUAUGGAAAUCCCUGAGGAGUUUGCAGUCAAGGCUGCUGAUGGUGUUCGGUUCUGGAUCAAUCGUGUACUCUCAAUUGCAAGUGAUAUCACCAUUGCUAGAAACCCUAUUCGUCUCCUUCAGGUGUCAUUGGUUUUGUGGGCUUUAUCUUAUGUGGGGACGUUUAUCAACUCCCUCACUCUUGUCUACUUUGGGAUUCUUCUCAGUCUCUCUGUUCCUCUUGUGUACGAGAAGUACCAAGACCACAUCGACGAUCAACUGAACUCAACUUCUAAAGUCAUUCGAAGUAUCUCAAUGAAGAUUCCGAUGAUGCCCGUAAGCAAAGAAAAGAAGUAUCAGUAGGUAGUGUAACUGCAGGUGAAAGAAAACUGCCGAUUUGUUCACAAGACUAAUUUUAAGCAGCUUUUAAGCACACAAGGAAGAGUCUCAUUACUGGCUUGGUUGCUUGCUCUAAGAGAAUGAUCAAGCAGCGGAUCAUAGUGAAUCGCAGUACAGUUUUUUUUUUUUGUUCAUUUCUUUCUGAUGUAGCAUACUAGGUUUUUCUUUAACAAUCUCUUCUUCUUCUGCUGUGUUCGUUCUGUUCUAUAUUCAAGAGUUUCUGGGGUUGUUUUCUGUUGGCUACAUUGCGUCUUUUAGUUUACACAGUAAUGCUUUGUGGGAUUGUUGUUUGCAGUAAAUUCUAGAAAGAUAAAACUAAUACAAUUUGAGUGGUUAUUGUUUAAUAACAAUUACUAAAUCCUG